UGGUUGGCAUUGCUAGCCACCGUCAGAUGAAUGCAUUAACUGUAAGUCUCUCUGGAGCGUCUGCUAAAUGACUCAAAUGUGAAUGUAAGACAGACCCAGGGGGCAGGCAGAGCAAGGCUUGCUUAAGCCUGCUACACACUACAAAAACGUAGCGAUUGAGCGUCGUAUACGGUUGGUUCCAAAAGUCGGCUCGUUGGAGCAGGCCAUGCUGGAUGCUCUGGUUAUGGACCGGGUCGGCUUUGUCAAACUGCUGAUCGACAACGGUAUGACUAUGAACCGCUUCCUGACCGUGUCACGCCUGGAAGAACUCUAUAACACGCAGCAGGGACCAACAGACAAUUUUCUCCAUAUUCUCGUGGAAGAUGUGAAACAGACCCAUAUACCUAAAGGAUACAGAGUCUCCCUCAUAGAUGUGGGGCAGGUGAUUGAGUAUCUGAUAGGAGGAGCCUAUCGGAGUACAUACACACGGAAACACUUCAGGGCCCACUAUAACCUCCUAUAUGCCCAUUGCAAGGAGACUAGACAGGAUAGUUCAGGACCCCUUUACAAAAAGAGGAGGGCAGACUGCACCCUUCACCCGCACCAAAGCCCAAACAGUAGUCCAUCAAGGCCACCCUUCUUCCGCACUGCUCAGCCCUAUAAACGCAAGGAAAGAUCUAUGGUGCUCAGGGACCUGAAGGUGGCCCAGCAGCAGAGCUCCGAGCUGGGUGACUCUCCAUUGUUUGUUUAUAACUUCAAUGACCUGUUUGUGUGGGCUGUGCUGCAGAGGCGGCAGCAGAUGGCGCUGUUCCUGUGGCAGCACGGGGAGGAGGCCAUGGCCCGGGCUACAGUGGCCUGUAAACUGUACCGUGCCAUGGCCUACGAGUUUCGGCAGAGCAACAUGGAUGACACCACGGGGGAGCAGCUCAAAACCUACUCUAUGGACUUUGGUCAGCUGGCGGUGGACGUGCUGGACCGUGCCUUCAGACAGAACGAGCGCAUGGCCAUGAAACUGCUGACUUCGGAGAUGGAGGCCUGGAGCCACUUCACCUGUCUGCAGAUGGCUGUGUCCUCCCGGCUCCGCCCCUUCGUCUCCCACUCCUGCACCCAGAUGCUGCUCACCGACCUGUGGACCGGCCGCCUCAACAUGAGGAAGAACUCCUGGUUUAAGAUCAUCCUGAGCAUCCUCAUGCCCCCUGCCAUCCUGCUAUUGGAGUUUAAGAGCCAGGCAGAGAUGUCCCAUGUCCCCCAGUCCCAGGAGGCUUUGCAGUUUGGUUGGGACACGGGAAGACCAGAGGCAGCCCAGGAGGGGGGGCAUACGGAUGGCCACGAUGCGGAGAAAGGAUCAGCGUGGUGGGAGAGUUGCUCAGCCCCCGAAGCUGACACAAUCACACCUGUUACCACCCAGUGUUUCUUCUGGACCACGAGGCUGUACGAUUUCUACACCGCUCCUGUCGUCAAGUUCUGGUUCCACACGAUGUCCUACCUGGCCUUUCUCAUGCUGUUCUCCUACACUGUUUUGGUAAAGAUGGAGGACCGGCCCAGCACUCAGGAGUGGCUGGUCAUUGCGUAUAUUAUAUCCACUGCUGUGGAGAAAACAAGAGAGGUGUUCAUGUCAGUGCCGAGGAAACCCAGUCAAAAACUGAAGGUGUGGUUUGGAGAGUACUGGAAUGUGACUGACUUCCUGGCCAUCGUCCUCUUCCUGGUGGGGCUGGGGCUACGCUGGGACAGCGGGUCCUACCGGACUGCCGGGCGGAUCACCUACUGCCUGGACAUCAUCUUCUGGUAUGUUCGGGUGCUGGACCUGCUGGCCGUCAACCAGCAUGCCGGGGCCUACCUCACCAUGAUCACCAAGAUGACUAGUAACAUGUUCUACAUUGUGGUGAUGAUGGCGAUUGUGCUGCUGAGUUUCGGCGUGUCCAGGAAGGCCAUCUUGUCUCCAGACGAAGCUCUGUCAUGGAGCCUGCUCAGAGAUGUAGUCAACCAGCCGUACUGGAUGAUGUUUGGAGAAGUGUACGCAGGUGAAAUAGACACCUGUGCAGGUGGCACGCCGUGUGUCCCCGGUGCCUUCCUCACCCCCUUCCUCCAGGCCGUCUACCUCUUCUUCCAGUACAUCAUCAUGGUCAACAUCCUCAUUGCCUUCUUCAACAAUGUCUACUUUGACAUGAAGUCCAUAUCCAAUAAGCUGUGGAAGUACAACCGCUACCGUUAUAUCAUGACCUAUCAGGAGAAGCCGUGGCUGCCCCCGCCCCUCAUCAUCCUGAGUCACAUGACCCUGUGUGUGACUGCCAUUUACCAGAAACACAGAGGCUUGUCCGAGCAGGAGACGGACUCCUGUGGGCUUAAGCUUUACCUGGGCCAAGAGGAGCUGAAGAGGCUGCAUGAGUUUGAGGAGAGGUGUUUGGUGUCGUAUUUCCACAAGAAAAACCAAGAUGUUCUCUGCAGCCAGAUAAACAGGGUACGAGCCACUGCAGAAAGGGCUGAGGAGAUGGGUGUGGUAAUGCGCGAGGUGUCGGACAGGGUCCACUUCAUCCAGGAUACCCUGCAGGUGUUGGACAGCCAGCUGGGUCAGCUGCAGGACCUGUCCGCCCUGGCCGUGGACACUCUCACCCUCCUAUCAGCCUCCGAUAGCCUGCAGCAGGAGGAGGCCCACCUAGGCCACUGCCGGCCAAUCACCCCCUCCCGUCACCAUGUCCCCCACAGCUGGACCCUCCCCCACGGAGGUGGAGGCAGUGUUGACAUCAUGCCCUGCCACACCCCUAGGGCCUACCGCAGCACACCACCCUCCCUGCUGUGGGGCCACACCUCCUCCCGCAGCCAACGCCCGUCACUGGAGUGGCACACUGGGGCCUGGGGGGGCGGCGACCAUGGAGGGCAGGGGGCUAGUGAGUCGUGUGUGCCUUCCCGCUGUGGCUCUCCUCCGUACCCUUCGGCCUUGGCUAUAGACAGUUCUCUGGAACGCCCCCACAGCAAACCCAGGGUCUGCUGUGACCCUGAGAUGUCCAUGGAAAAGGAAGGGGAUGAGUUUGGGAAGUCCUUUGAUGUGAAUGUGUCCAGGGCCUCUAGUCAUGCCUUCCUGUUGUCGGACACCCAGGAUGAGAGAGGCUGUGGGGCCAGGGGUUUGGUGAACCCCGCCUUCUGUAAGGACGACGACCCUGGGGCAGUUCACUACAGACGGGGCCAGUGGGGCAGGAAGCGUCCUCACCGGUGGGCGGGUCUGUCCAGGGACCGGCCCUACAGUCACAGCCGCUCUCUCUCCUCUAGCAUGGAGAACAUGGCUCUCUCUGGUGUCCCCCUGAGCCAGCUACGAGCCUCCUUCCCUGCCCUCGAUUGCCUGUCGGAGGGGGGAAGAUUCACAGCUGACAUACCCCUUGGCUGCAGUAAAAGCAGAGAGUGGUCCAACUGGUUUGAUCUGGCAGUGACCUCAGGGAGCAGAGAGAGGUGUCAGGGCAGGAAGACAGUCAAGAUCCUGGAGGAGAGUUCUUCAGACACUGGGAAAGAGGUGGACUCAUACCUCUCCGACGUGUGCAGAAAGAGGAGGCGCAGGGGAGGAGAGCCUGUGUGCUGGUCUGCCUCUGCCAGCCCCAACUCACUCAAUUCUGAACCCAUGGAUUCAUUGCAGAAAGUAGCUUUUUCACGUCAGCAGGACUCCAGUCAGUCUGUGUGGACCAGCUGGGCCUGCUCUGUCAGCUGCAGGUCCUCAGGGCGAAGUGGGAUCGCACGUGAAGAAGACCUGGACCCACACUACUCAGCCAUGGAAAGGAACAACCUGAUGAGGCUUGCUCACACCAUACCUUUCACACCUGUCUCCAUAAUGGCGGGAGAGGAGGUGAGUGUCUACACCCUGGAGGAAGUGGAAGCUGCAGGCCCGGAGUCCUCCAUAUCCUACUGGUCAUCCAAGGGGCUGUCUGCGAUGCUGCAGCCGCUGUCCUGCGAGGGCUGUCUAGAUGGGGGGCUUCGCAGGGCCAAGCUCGUACUUUGCACCUGGGCCGAGAGGGAUGUCCUGAGGGUGGGCUGCGUAUAUGUUGUCAAAGCAAUCCAGCCUGAUGUGGUCUGCACCUGGCAGAGGGUCUUCCACAGCGACACCACCCUCCAACUCUGUCUGCGGGAGAUACAGCAACAGAGAGCUGCUCAGAAACUCAUGCAUGUGUUCAACCAAGUAAAACCAGAAAACAUGCCUCAUUCUCCAAGGUUCCUGGACAUGUCUCUUCUUCACUGGCACUCAGACGGCCAGUGGUUGACCAUCGAGAGGAACAUGACGGGAGAUUUCAGGAAGUACAAUAAUAACACAGGAGAGGAGAUCGCCCCCUGCUGUGGGAUGGAGGAAACGCUCCUGGCCUUCUCCCACUGGACCUACCAAUACUCCUGCAGGGAACUACUGGUGUUGGACUUACAGGGAGUGGGAUCGGAGCUUACAGACCCAUCGGUCAUCCGAGCAGAAGACAAAAGCUCGAGUGAUGACAUGGUGUUUGGUCCUUCUAACCUGGGAGACGCUGCCAUCCACAGCUUUGUCAUCAAGCACACCUGCAACUCCUGCUGCGAGAACCUCGGACUCCCAGAUUUGAGGAGGAGCACGGACAUCCACAGGAAAACAGAACACAGGCCUUUUGAAAAAGAGAGUGGAUUGAUCAUGACUAGGAUGUAACCUCUGAUCCGGAAGCAGAAGUACACCAUCCUAACCUCUGCUUCAGGUGGGAUGAAGUUGCCCUUAAAGCAUAGACACUGAUUUAAUGUCACAUUUGUGUUUUCCUCUCCAAAUGGUUAUGGUUAGGAUCUGGAGAAGCUAAGCGGAUCCAGAGGUGUACAAGGGUAACUUCUACCAGGAAGGAAAGCACUCACUUGGUUGGUUUGAAUGGAUAGUGUACAUUGUGUAGCUUUAUGUGGACUAAAUCUUGUGUUAAAUGUCUGGUAGUGCUUUUGUUGUAACAGCGGUUUACAUUGCAGAAGUCUCAGCAGCAAGCCAGAUGCUGUAGUCUGGCAUUCAUACCGUGUGCAUAGUGCAUAGUGGAGGGAGGCCGCAGUGUCUGUUGUGCCACAGGUAACCUAUUAAUCAAUCAAACACUUUGCCUUAUUGUAAUGUUAUGUAUCAUUAGACAUGAUGCAGAGGGCAUCCUAGGAAGGUGUUUCAAUACACCAAGAUAUCAUUUGUUUGUUCUCUGUUCUGUUUAAAUGAACUCCUGGUUCAUUUUGAAAUGAGCACCACUUUUAUGAUCUUUUCAUAUCAUCUGAGGAAUGUUUAUACCAGAUGUCAUGUUUUUAUCUGUUGCAUAACCGUUUAUACCAGCUACUAUGGCAGCCAUUUUGAAUGUUCACAAUAACUCACCUUCCUAGUUAAGUUUCAAACGGGCAGACCUUCUGGGAUGUUUUCAGAUCUCCUCAGGAAUUGUUGUACCACAUGUCAUGCUUAUAUCUGCCUCAAAAUGUUUUUAAGGUCCCAGACUUAUAGGGUAUUUCAAGUGUUAUACUCUUGACAUCAUUUUCUUACCAAACAUAGUCUGGUUUAUUUAAUCUUAUACACAUUCACAGCUAAAAGCUGAACGACAAGCGUAGCAAGGAAAAGCUGUAUUUAAGUGAAAUGUUGAAACCCUUGAAAGGAAACCUUUCACAUGGACCAUGUUCUUCAGGCUGGGCUCAAAAACUAAAUGUUAAACAAAACUUUAUUGAGAACAAAUUAUUCAUCAGAGUCAAAACUACAAUCUGGGAUUUGUUUUUCAGCAAAACAUCCCCUCUCAAUUUCAUCAAAUAUAUAUUUUCCUGUUUUCAAACACUGUGAAAUCAUAUUUUUGUAUUUAGCAAUACUCAAAUAUAUUGUUAUGCUGAUUAUGUUACAAGUGAUUACAAAACUAGAAUUAAGCAUUGACACAGCUGGACUGAAGCAUGGCUUAUGUUAUGGCUUAAAUUCAGAAUGAGAACGCUAAUACAAGAAUAACAAAAUCUGGUCUCUUGGUGGUUGGAAUUCACACUGCUCAGACUCAGAAUUCACACUGCUCAGACUCAGAAUUCACACUGCUCAGACUCAGAAUUCACACUGCUCAGACUCAGAAUUCACACUGCUCAGACUCAGAAUUCACACUGCUCAGACUCAGAUUAUUCAAAUCAUCACAAUGGAUCUUUGUUGUUGCUAUAGUCCUUCACUUAAAGAGCAGUUCUGAAGAGUAUCUAACCCUUAAAGUUCCAGUUUAUUUGUCCACAAAAUCUCUACAUAAAUGCACGUGUGUGUGUGUGCGCGCGUGUGCAGUACAAUGGAAAAAGAACGAGACAGAAAUACAUCCAUAAAAUUUCCUUUAUUUUUCUUCCCACAAAGAAAUGUCUACAAAAGCGAUAAAAUAUAGAAUUUAACAAAACUCACUUCAGACCUUGACUUGUUUAUUUACAUCUCGAAGGAGGAGACACUGAGAUACCUCAGGACAACUCAGAACUUUGACACAACUGGAUCAUCAAAGCUCUUAAUUUAUGAAGCACACACACACACACACACACACACACACACACACACACACACACACACACACACACACACACACACACACACACACACACACACACACACACACACACACACACACACACACACACACACACACACACACACACACACACACACAGGUCUACAUGUGAGGUUCGGGGACAUAAAGCUGUGUCAAAGUUCCGAUGUUCAAUCCGACUCACGAAGUGAAAAAUGCAAACAUACAAACAAACAAUUCAAUGUAAUCAAAUACACACUUGCCUCAAAAUUCCCCUUUUUGAUUGGUUCUCAAGUAAACUCACACAGUAAUGAAACUAUUUCCCAUUUCACUAAUCCAGCAACCUCCUCUCUAACUAUGGCACUUGAAAAAACGUUUUUGUUUUAGUUAGUCCGUUUAAAAAAGUGUUUGUACCCCAAGUACCUUUUUUAAGGGUUUUGGUCACAGUUGCUGCACUUACUGUACUUUACUUUCUCAUCAUGGGACGCAAGGACAUUCUAAUGAAUAAAUAAAACAUGUUUAACACGA